AGGCCUUGAGUAGCAGUCAGUGGCGACCCCUCUCGAUUAUUGACAGGUUAAACGCCCAAUAGGAGCUUGGUUUGUUAUGUUAAGUAUCCAAUCAUAUCGCGGCACACAGACGCUUUGUGGCAAAGUACAGUAGUUAGCUGUCGUUCAUAUCAACAAGCCACUAUUUUGGAAGCAGUUUGAUAAACACUCACUGUUCCUCAGUUGAUGUCAGUCGCUCCCUGUGGUUCCAGCGAGACGUAUCACGCGUGACCAGCGAUAAACCAGCACAAAACUAGCCAGCCACAUAGCUCUGAACCGAUCAGGUUGGAUGAAAUCGUCGGGUUUUAACUGAAAAAACAGCUAGCUCGUUUUGUUUUAUCCAUUCACAUCAGGCAAGUCUGUGACAACUGAAAAAGUUAUUUUUUUUGACUGACUGGAUCCUUACUGUGUACAGUCAAGCUAGCAGGAACUUUUCAUCGUUAAUUUGACAACUUGUUAUGUUUUUUUCUCUUUUUGCAAAGCAGAUCAAUAUUCGCCUAUUUCUAUAUUAAGCAGUCCUUCGUUUUAUUUUUGUCAACACGUCGCUUUUUAUUGAAGAACUACCUAGAAGAGAAACGAUAUUCGGCAAACAGUUUUCUUUAUAAAUAGGGAGAAGCAACCUAGCUGUUAAAGCCUUAGCGUCAGCCUCGAUCAGCCAGCUAACCCUUUACUGAAGCAUUUAACAAUCAUUAAGGAAGAGGCUAGUUUGGUUUUUAAAACCGGUGCUGUAUUCACGACCUUUAACUUUUAAAUAGUCUGUUUGAUACACUGCAUGAGUAACACUUUGACGUUACCUGUCGCCGUUUAAAUUAAUAACCUGACAGAGCAGAGAGCCACCUGAGUGUGAGAAGGAGAAGCAGUUUGUGUACAUCCACGGAAUCCCUCAUCGGAUUGUUAUAUUAUUAUCAGUGUUAUUGUUGAAAAUGGCGGCGAUCGGACUGGUGCAGAUGUUGAUCGAAGCAGCCGAGUACCUUGAUCGCAGGGAAAGAGAAGCUGAACACGGCUAUGCCUCCAUGCCACCCUUCAUCAGCAGUCGAGAGAGGGAAAGCUUGAAAAGGAAAAGCAAAAGCAAGAAAAACACAAGUAGCAGACGGGCACACCUACGGCUGUGCUUAGAGCGCUUGAAAUCCCUCGUUCCCUUAGGACCAGAUGCUAACAGGCACACCACCCUGAGCCUGCUGAUGAAGGCCAAAGAUCAUAUCAAGCGGUUGGAGGAGAGCGAUAGGAGAGCUCAGCACACCGUGGAGCAGCUACAGCGGGAGCAGAGACAUCUGAGGAGGCGUCUGGAGCAGCUGGGGGUGGAGAGGACCCGCAUGGACAGCACCGGCUCCACUCUGUCCUCCGACAAGUCCGACUCUGACCAAGAGGACCUGGAUGUGGAUGUGGAGGGGACGGACUACCUGCUGGGUGACCUGGAGUGGAGCACCAGCAGCGUGAGCGACUCAGGGGACGAGCGAGGCAGCCUGCGCAGCAGCUGCAGCGACGAGGGCUAUUCCAGCGCCAGCCUGCAACGCCUGCAGGACACUCAGGAGAAGGCCAAGCAGCUGGGCUGCAGCCUAUAGACAGCACUGCUCACCGACACCAACUCCCGCCUGCUUCCCUCAGCCAGUCCUGCCCCAAGAUUGUCUCACUAUCCACCUCCUCCCAUUUCCCCCCUCCCCCCUCCUCCCUACUAGGACUGACCAAGUCUGAGGCCUCAUCUCCAGCCAGGCCUCUGUGGACUUCUUCCUCCCAUGGUGACUUCUUUUCAGACUGCAACAGCUCUGAGGUAGCCGCCCACAUCCAGCACAUCAUCAGCGGGUCACCCGUUCUGCUCUGCACCAAUCAAACGAGGAAUUUAAAGACACUCCACCCGUCCGUCCAACCGUCAAAAACACAACUUUCAGCCAGAGAAUGUUACCACACAAUACCCCACUGCCUCUUUUUCUGUGCCUCAAGAGCCAUGGGAAGCACUUAUGAGAUUUCACCCUUCCUUCUCUCUCUCUAUCUGUCUCUCUCUCUCUCUCUCUCUCUCUCUCUCUCUCUCUCACACACACACACACACACACACACACACACACACCACACACACACACCCCUCCACACCUCCAUCACUCCUAGUUGUCCAGCUAGACAGAGUCCUCCCAAAGGUGUGACACUGACAUGAUGUAGGGCUUUUUUGCGCCCUGCUCACAAGUCAUCUGUGCAUGGUGUUUUGCACUUAAAAUUGCUUUUGUAAACAAAAAUGCUGUCUCUUAAAAAACCUGAAGACCCCCACUAAACUGUUCCAGUAAUGUCACCAGAUGGAGUGAGUCUUGGAAAACCACAUCAGUCACCUGCCCAUGCUCUGCAGCAUGGCAGGGCUUGUGGACUCUAAGGUGUUUGAUGUUAAACCAUCGGGGUCGACAGCAAUAUGUCCCACAUAAUUACCCUGUAAUUUCCUGUCCACACCUACCAUUCAGAGGAAAAAGUAACAAAAAAAAUUGUGCAGCAUGAGAUUGUGAAGGGGCUGGGGGAUAUGGGAGGGUUUUGUGGGCGGGUUUUUCUGCCUCUCUCUGACGACGGUGGCGUUCUUACGGCAUCCUUUUAUCAUAAUGUGUGUAUGUCACGUCUGAGCCUGGGGACCGCAAAGGGGUCGCGAGCAGGUUUUUACCACCAGCCACUAGGCCGAAUGCUGGUUUAUUUUGGCAGGUGCUGGUACAUUUUUGUACACUACCUUCAUCACUGCCCCGUUCACCAGGUGUUAAUAGGAAGGGGAAGAGCCCAUCUACUGAGAGCAGUCUGGAGCACAUUCCAUUAUAGGACAGGCAGGUGAGACUGAGAACAUUAUUUUUUUGCUAGUGGAUGUUCCUGCCAAUUAUUUAUGAAGGAGGAGUUCAGUUCGUCACACUGAAACAGAACGACUGGCUUUAACUUUUCAGUGGGAACACGCUGAAUAUUUCUGUGUUCACAUGUGAGAAGCAGUAAAAUGUUAAAACCACAGAUUUUCUCUCCUUUGACUUGCCUUCAUAGCUAUUUAUUGUUUCUGCAAAAAUGUUCACCUUUUAAUGUAAAUAAUUUACAGAAAGAUCUUUAUGUCUAUCAACAAAUGUAUUUAUUAGAUAUACUAAAUAUAUAGAUGAAUAUAUAUAUAAAUAUAUUUAAUUAGUCAUAGCCUAUGUUCUUCUUGUGAAGUUUAUUGAGAGUUUCCUAUGUGUAGUUUGUUUGCACAGCUUAGUCAAUCCAUAGACUAUUUAGACUAUUUAGAAAUGUAUCUUGUGCCUCGAGGCUUUUGUGUCUGUUCAGAAUUUGGCACGGUGCUCUUAGCAAUUGAAAUGUUUUCUUUGUGCUUAAUCUUAAUUUUUAGCUGUUCAAAGCCAGCUUUCCCUUAAAUGGGAAGGGAAUAAAAGAACAAAAAAAUCUGAAUAAUUUCUAAAAAUGUGAAUUAAAAAGUACAAAAGUGAGAGGAGCUGGUGGCCAGUUUGAGGGUGGCGAUGAUUCCUCUGGCAAAGCUGUGUUUGACUUUUCGCCCAUCUCCGUGCCUCAGAACCUGAAACAAAAUGGCAGCUCCGCCUGCUGAGAUUGUAGCCCUUUUAGUUUUUGGUUCAGUAUCAUCACGGGCAGAGAGAGGACUGCAGCUUUUUGAAUGUAGAUGUCCGCAACCCUGCGGUGUAGCAACACAGUGCCAAAGGAACCUCCCUGCUCCUGCAUCCACCACCUCGGCAAAUCUCAGUUAAAAGCAUGAAGAUGAAUCAGAAAAAUAGAUGAUAGGAUUAUUUAGUCUUUGAGUGUGGAAUGCUGCUUUUUUUGUCAAAUUGAAACCUUUUCAAAUGGAGAGGAACUGUGUAGCCACACGAUAAAGGGGACUAAAGGGGAAACGCAUUGAAAAGUACUUGUGAGUGGGCAGGUGUGUUCACUGAAAUGCCAUCUGUCAGUGUAGGCACGUGUGUACAGUAUGUGUAUGUGCUUGUGUGUGUGUGUGUGUGUGUGUGUGUUUUCAUAUCGUCACUGUCUUCAGAGAGAAUUUUUUUUGGGGUGGUAGAGGUUGGGAGGUUUAAAAAUUUGUAAGGCUAUGUUUCUCUUCUGGUUUUCUGUUCAUUUGUUUACUAGUAAAAUGCAAAAAAAAUCCACUUGACAAAGACUUCAUAUAUUAACAUAAGCAUUAAUGUCUGUGGAAGUUUCUUGUUUCCUCCUUUUUUCCAUCCAUGGCCUGUUGUCCGUCUUCCGCCAAUCGCUGUAUGUGGGUGUAUGUGUUUUAUGCAUGCAUGUGCUUGCACAUGUGUGAGCGUUGACUCCCUCCUCCACAUGCUGCGUUGGCAUCCAUGGUGCAGGCGAGGCAGGGGUGCGUGGUGGUGCAGCUUUUGCCCAGCCCCCCUUCCUCCCCUCUAAGAAGACCCUGGUGCUCUCAGCAUCUGCCUUAAGAAGCAGGUGUGGAAUCUCUCAAAGAACAAGACUUCAUUCAGACCAGUUGUUUAAGCUACAGGUUUCAGCAUCAGGGGAAACUCAUGUUCAUGUGUGUAUUUGGUUUUUGCACAUUUUGUCCCUACAUACAGAAAAGUGGCUAACAUUGCCUUAAAACAGAGAACACAUGUACGACCCAACAGAAAUAUAUGAUGUGUGAGAGUAUAUGAUAUAUGGACAUGCAUCACAAAGGACAUUCCUUUUCAUUGUGACGGUCUCAGGCGUGGUGCUCUCAUGCAUUACACUAAAAACACACUGCGUCAUAGCUCCAUGAACGUUGUUGUCUGUUGCCUUUCUUCUCAGAAAGGUCAAAUGUCUGUUUAUUGAACAGUAACUUAGGAGGGGCGUUUUGUGCACUUACUUUUUAAAAAUUGGAGAAUUUGGACAUUGUCUUCUAAAAUAAUUACUUCAAAUGUAGGGGGAAAAAACCUUUGAAAAUGAAAUAUGGAGCAGCAGUUUAUAUUUGCCAUUGAUAUUAAAGAAAUAAAACAUUUGAAACCCUUGUUUACCUACCUA